UUCCCUGAGAGAGAGGGCAGACCUGUAUCUCCAGCCCUUUCCUAGGAGUGUGGAGGGGUCUGUAGAGGUGGAGGACCCUGAAGAAAUCCUGGGGACAGUAUGGAGGGAGGAAGCGUUGGCGUGUCCUGUGUUGAUGGCGGCUGCAGAGGCAGUGCACCACAUACACCUGCAGAACUUCUCUCGUUCGCUGCUCGAGACCCUUAACGGGCAGAGGCUAGGGGGGCACUUCUGCGACGUGACUGUGCGCAUCCGUGAGGCUUCGCUGCGCGCACACCGCUGCGUGCUAGCCGCUGGCUCGCCCUUCUUCCAGGACAAGCUGCUGCUGGGUCACUCUGAGAUCCGCGUGCCGCCGGUGGUACCCGCGCAGACUGUGCGCCAGCUGGUUGAGUUCCUCUACAGCGGCUCACUGGUAGUGGCGCAAGGCGAAGCGCUGCAGGUGCUAACAGCUGCCUCGGUGCUUCGCAUCCAAACCGUUAUUGACGAGUGCACGCAGAUUAUUGCGCGUGCUCGCGCCCCGAGCACCUCAGCACCCGCGCCUCUGCCGGCGCCGGUGCCUCCGCCGCUUGCACCAGCCCAACUGCGGCACCGCUUGCGCCACUUGCUAGCUGCACGCCCCCCAGGGCAUUCCAGUGCGGCGCAUAGCCGCAAGCAGCGCCAGCCCGCACGUCUGCAGCUACCUACAUCUCUGGCGCCAGCCAAGGCCGAAGGGCCUGACCCCGAUCCUGCACUGCCGUCGGCUUCUGACGACCGAGGUGAUGAUGAGGACGAGGAGACUGAUGAUGACACUGACGGUGAGGACGGCGAAGGCAGUGGCCCGGGCGAGGGCCAGGCUCCCCCUUCCUUCCCAGACUGUGCGGCCAGCUUCCUUACUGCUGCCGCUGACAGCGCGUGCGAGGAUCCCCCUGCGCCCACCGGCCUCACUGACUAUGGCGGUGCUAGCAGGGACUUCCUUCGGGGAGCUACAGCAGCUGAAGAUGUGUUCCCCGACAGCUAUGUAUCUGCUUGGCACGAUGAGGACGGUGCUGGCGCUGAAGGUUGUGCUUCUGAGACCCCUGUCCCGCCCGACUGCGUCCUAGCUGGACCCCGCCCUCCCGGAGUGAAGACCCCUGGGCCACCUGUUUCGCUUUUUCCUUUUCACUUGGGAGCUCCCGCCCCACCCCCUCCUGCGCCAUCUGGACCAGCCCCUGCACCUCCACCUGCCUUUUACCCUGCGCUCCAGCCGGACGCAGCCCCCACCUCUCAGCUUGGUGAAGCCCCGGCCCCCUCUGUUGCUCCUGUGACGAACCCCUCAAGCACCCCAGCGCGUGCCCCAGGUGUAGAGCCGCCGGCCUAUGAGUGCAGCCACUGCCACAAGACGUUCAGCUCACGGAAAAACUACACCAAGCACAUGUUCAUCCACUCGGGGGAGAAACCACACCAGUGCGCCGUGUGCUGGCGAUCCUUCUCACUACGCGACUACUUGCUCAAGCAUAUGGUUACGCACACGGGUGUACGCGCCUUCCAGUGCGCCAUCUGCGCCAAGCGUUUCACGCAGAAGAGCUCCCUCAACGUGCAUAUGCGCACGCACCGGCCUGAGCGCGCGCCCUGUCCCGCCUGCGGCAAGGUCUUCUCCCACCGUGGUUUGCUGGAGCGCCACCUGUCCUCACACCCUGCACCCUGAUUGGGGCCUGGAUCAGGCCAGCCUCUUCCACUGUGGGAGCAACCCCACCACAUACUCUUGAGCUCAGGCCCUCCCUCUGUCCUCACCCCUUUCUCCAUACUGGGACCCAGUCCACCUUACUCCUUUCCACCCCGUACUUGGACCUUCUAGGUGGUGUUGGGCUGGGUCUGGUCAGAGACCCGAACACCUCCGAGAACUGGGCCAUUUCCAGCCUGAACCGGCUCUUAGAUACUUGGAGCCAGGCCCUGUAUUCCUGCCUCUGCACACGGCUUGUAACCUGCCCCCUCCUGAGGGAUGGGGCUGGGAGGGGGGAAAGUGGGGUGUCCUGGGGCUGUGCCCCUUUCCCAGUGUUAGGCUGGACAAGGUCUCCCUACCCAGAGCUAGUCCUCCUUCAGGGGGGCGCCUAAGGAGGCUCAGGUGGACUUGUGAUAGAAUAAGGCUGGGUCUUGCAACUCCUGAUCUGUAAUAAAGUACUGUUGGCCGCAAGGCCUAAACCACGAA